CACGCCAAACCCAACUACUAGUCCACAUAGCCGAUGGGAAUCUUCGCAUCUACGUGGAGGGAUCUACUACUCAAAUUGGAAUAUUAUUAGUAUAUAUAUGGUCUCAGGGAUCCCAAUUGCUUGCACUUCUUGUUUGGCUCCAAGCACAAGAGAGAGAGAGAGAGCUAUAUAUAUGUGCCUAUAUAUAAAUGUAUAGAGAUAGGGAGGGAGAGAGGGGGGCAGAUAGAUAGAUACAUACAUACAGAUGUCCACACACAAAACUUCAGUCUAUAGAUACCUUUACAGAACCUAACCACCAUUGCCAGGCAGCAUAUAUAGCUAGAUUGCUUCUGAUGCAUUGUUCCUUGUCUUGACCAGCUUCACAACACAACCACGGUGUCGUGUGGUCGUCUUAUGCAAGAAAGGCCAGGGCCACUGCGCGCUUCACCAGAGAGAGCAAGGCUACAACCAAGAGCUUGCAAUAAUGGCAGUACCGAUGAGAAGGAGGAGAAGCGGAAGUGUGAUCUCGUCGGGUACGAAGCACUGCCUGAGUGGCUCAAGGACAACGAGUUCAUCCAUGGCUACUACCGGUGCGAGUGGCCGAUGAAGGAGACCGUCCUCAGCAUCUUCUCCAUCCACAACGAGACCCUCAAUGUUUGGUCGCAUUUGCUAGGGUUCCUGCUGUUCCUGUGCCUGGCAAUCUUUACAGCAAUGGUGAUCCCAAGGAAUGGCAGCAGCAGGAGCAGUAACAGCGCUGCAUACCAGCUGGGAGAUCUGGUGGAGAUGGCCAACAUGACGGUAGCGCUGAGGCACGAGGCACUUGCAGCGUGUUUCCUGCUGCCACCAUCUGCUGCUGCUUUGUCUGAAGAUGGUCAGCAGCAGAUCCCAACCAGCUGUCCACCCAACACUUCCUCCUCCCAUCAUCAUGCCAUCCAGAUCCAGAGCAGCACUGGUACGGCGGCCACCGUGGACGCCGGCACCGCCGCCGACCCCAUCACGCGGUGGCCGCUGUUCGCGUACCUGGUCGGCGCGAUGGUGUGCCUGCUGACGAGCAGCGUGUGUCACCUGAUCCUGUGCCACUCGGAGCGCACGGCGUACGUGACGCUCCGGCUCGACUACGCCGGCAUCGCCGCGCUGAUCGUCACCUCUUUCUACCCGCUCGCCUACUACUCCUUCCUCUGCAACCCGGCGCUGCAGCGGCUCUACAUGGGCUCCAUCACGGCGCUGGGCGCCGCCGCCGUGACGGCGUCGCUGGUCCCCGCGUUCCAGGCGCCUGAGCUGCGCCCGCUCCGCGCCGCGCUCUUCUCCUGCAUGGGCGCGUCGGGCGCCGUGCCCAUCGCGCACAAGCUGCUCCUCUACGGCGGCACGGCGCCCGGCGCCGUAGCCUCGGCGGGGUACGAGGCGCUCAUGGGCGUGCUCUACGGCCUCGGCGUCGCCGUGUACGCCGCGCGCGUCCCCGAGCGGUGGGCGCCCGGGAGGUUCGACCUAGUCGGACAUAGCCACCAGCUGUUCCACCUCUUCGUCAUCGCCGGCGCGUACGCGCACUACCACGCCGGAGUCGAGUACCUCAAGUGGAGGGACGUCGACAAAUGCUGACUGGACUGGUUGCUCACGGCGUAAGCAAUGCUUGUGCUGCGGCCUUGCUUGAGAAGAGAUCUUGUGAAACUUUCAAAGAAUGGCAGGUGGGUCCGACCGAUAUAUACCUGGUCGGUGGCAAAGUUCAUGGAGAGGUUUGGUGAGAGGAUUAUGAUGUGUACCUAAUUAGUAGUAGCAGUAGUAGUAGACAAUACAUCGAGGUUACUUUUUGUGCACUGAUUGACAUGAAUGGGUGUAAACAAAUUAUUAUUGUAUCUCAUAUUUAAGUAUUAUUACGUGGCUGAACACCACACGACAAUGUUCAGCCUCAGACUUCAAGUCAUGAGAUACAGAAAUAUUCUUUA